CUUGAUCUCUAUCUUAUCUAUGGUUGUUUUGUCCUGUAACAAAAAUAAAUAUUUUUGUAAAUAUAAAGAAAAUUACAUAUUUAGGUAUAGUGGAAUAGUAUUUAUUAGAAUAGUAUUUAUCUUCCAUUUCACACUUCAUUGAGAGAUAGGAGUGCUAAAAGCCAGAUAAGCAAAACAAAAAUGAACCAAAUGAACAUGCACGUACCAAUGAACCCCGUAGGGGCGAAUCCCAACGUAGGCAUGGCUAUGUCGGUGUCCUUAGUCCCCGUACCAUCGCCUCAACAAAUGCAAGUCCAACAAGCUAUGCCGCAACAGACCCAGCAGGAUAAAAUGGAUAAUAUAUCUAAAGUUAAGACAUUGAUGGGUUCCUUGCGCGAAUCGUUGCCUAUGACAUUGAAGUCAGCAGCUCAAAUUUUGCAUCAAAACUACAAUGUGGAUUCAAAUACUCAAAAAGGCAUGGAUAAUCCUGUACCAAGAUUUGACAAGAACUUAGAGGAAUUUUUCUCACUUUGUGAUCAAAUGGAGCUACACCUUAGAACAGCAAUAACCUGCAUACAGCAAGCUCAAUCGGCAGCACAUUACUUGCCGCUCACAGUUAUUCCGUCAAGACUGGACUCUGGAUCAUCUACACAGGAGACGACGCUCAGCUAUCCACAGUACUUGAACACCGUUCGACUUCAAAUCUCAUACGCAAAGGACAUUCAUGACACCCUCGUCGCGGCCGCACAGAACAUAUCCCCUGCAGAGUGACCAUAGACAAAAGAAACAAUCCAUUAAGCGGUAAAUCAUUUAUUAAAAUUUUAUCUGUACUAAUUAAGCCUAAUCCUAAGCUAAAUCAUUAAAGCGUUAUACAUUUA